AUGCCUGGGUUCCACCGACCAUCCUGCUUCAUGUGGACAGAAUUCCAGGACCUGCGUCUCCCGCGUUCCAGUCCGGAGGGGCAAAAGAAAGUGGCUUCAGGCCACCCUGAGUCGUGUUGCUGGUCCAAGGUUCGCAAUGUGAGCUGUCCACGAAAUACGACACUCACAUCGCCGUGUAGAUGCCGUAGGUCUUCGGCAACAAAUGGUGCGCUUGUUGGGCCAAUGUGCUUGUCUUCGAGUCCUCACCUUUCGGACUCGAAGCACACAACCAACAGUUCUUCAACUCCUCGUGGAGGGAUCAGGCGUGGGCAGCGAAAAGACCAAAAGAGAUUGAAUGAUGGGCCUUAA